CCCGGCGCGCUCUCGCAGGGGGCCAGACUCUCCGAGGCGGUGCCGCAGGAGACAGAGGGACUGCUGGAGCGGAGUGCGCCGUAGCUUUCGCCCGAACGCCAGCGCGGAGGACGUGAUGUUGGGGCUCUCUCGCCAGCUGCCUUGGGCCGCCGCCUGCCUGGCCACGCUCUGUGUGCUGACCGCGGCUCAGAGCCCCUCCCCGGCCCCGAACGUGACUGUGAUCACGACUUUAGCGACCACCACCAAGACAGUUCCGACGACGGUGACGACUCUUGCGCCGGUCACCAUUCCAGCACAAGAAAUCUGUGAAAACCGCAGCAGCUGUGUUUCCUGUUUCAAUGUUAGCCUUGAUACUCCUUGCUUUUGGAUAGAAUGUAAAGAGAAAAGCUACUGUUCACAUAAUACAACAGUUAGUGAUUGCCAGGUGGUGAAUGGCACACAGUUCUGUUCUGCACCCGAGCCCACUCUGAUGCCAACGAAUUCUACAGCCAGAACCACCACCCUGCCUGCCUCUACGACAGCCACCACCACGGCUACUACAUCAGGUACAACUAAUACCACUUUAACUCCAACUUCGCACCCCGGCCGGAAGUCUACCUUCGAUGCAGCCAGUUUCAUUGGGGGGAUUGUCCUCGUCUUGGGUGUGCAGGCUGUAAUCUUCUUUCUCUAUAAAUUCUGCAAAUCGAAAGAACGAAACUACCACACUCUGUAAACAGACCCAUUAAAUUAACAAGGACUGGUGUGCAACUCACUGAAACCAAAAUAUUCUCUUUCAAGAUGUCCCACAGGGAAGACGCUAUUCCGGGAUCUUUACAUGUUCAAAGGAUGCAUAUAGGAUACUUGGGAGCAUCGUCCUCGAAGAAAAGUCACUUAGGUCAUUUUGCUCAACAGGAAUAUUUCAAAUACUCUGCAUGAAUCCUUGUGGCUGUCUUCUUUUAUUUUAAAUGGCUGCUGCUGUGGGAUUAUGUUAUCUCUUCUUGACGUACCAAAUGUAAUUCUGUAAGUGAGGGGAAGCAUCGUCCUGCACAGACAACCUCAUGACUCUUUUGGCAGUUUAAAUUUAGUCAUUUUAAAGCCUGAAAGCUGCAUUAUUGUCAUCCUAUCUCAGGAUGUAGUUUAGUGACCAGAAUUGAGAAGAAUGUGCCAAAUGAGCAUCAAUCGGGUGGACUUUGGCUGUCCUUUCAAAAGUGGAAUAAAUCUAUAAAUUUAGUAUCCUUAGAGUAACAUUUUGUGCUUGAUGACAGUUAUUUUUUCUACAUUAGAAAUAAGAUGCCACACAGGGAAUUACAUUCCAGAUUUAAAGAAACAAAUAGGAUACAAACCGUUAACAAAUAGCAGGUUAUCGCUCAUAUCUGUAAAGCACCUUAAAUCACUGAGAAAAUAAAGAACAGUGCCUUAAAAGACAGACUGAAAGGUAGACUGUAACUUCAGAUGUUUGUGAUUUGUUCUUUCCACAUUAGGGAAGGUAAAAGUUGGUCUGAUGAUGUAACUUGAGCUGUAGCAAACCUGCUUUUAGUAGAUACCAUACUGUUAGCAUUUAAUUGAAAACUUACUAUUUUAUUUCAGACCUGAGCAAGUUAAGCUAAAGGAUGUUCUACAAAGUUGAAAGCCUUCGUAUAUUGUACUUCCCAACAUUUUUCUUAGGCUGUUAAAAAGUAUAAAGUUGAUGUACUUACAUUUUCCUUUGUGCUUCACGAAGUAUCCUGACACUGUUAUACCUUGAAAGGAUUUUCACCAAGUUUCCUUGAAAACUUUUUCAAUGAGGCAAGAAGGAAAUCAGUUGUUUUAGGGUCAUUUACUAACUCUUGAAUGAGACAAACAUUUUAAGUUUUGAGACCAGAAAUGUGACCAGUGUAAUUUCAGAAAAUCUAAGGAUUUUCACUUGAUUGGAUUAAUGUAGAUUUUUGAUGAUGAUUGCGCGGAUAGACAGGUGGUGCUCUCUCUCCCCUUUCUCCUCUCUCCCAUCCUUUCUUCUGAGUUUCAAUUCCUGUAGUGUAAUAAGCAUGCAGACUACAGUUUUUUGUUUUAGUUUUCUUAGGAAGCACUAGUUUUUUUAGUUUUAGAGGGAUACUUCUCCCCUGCCUUUGACAUAUUGGAUUAGUUCAGAGGUUUUCAUUAGUUUUAAAAGAAGCUUUUGCUUUUGUAGGUCAUUAAAGUUUUUUUUUAGUUUCUUUAGCCUAUAGAGGCUGAGUUUAGCACUUGGUUUUCAAAUAUUUUGUAGUAGGAACUGAUGAGUUGCUUUGGUCCAUUUCAUAAGCCAAAAUUCCUUGCAUUUAGAUAUGAUUAUAUUCAAGGUUCUUAAAAUGAAGAUUUUACUGUUUCUUUGUUACUGCCAGUACAGCUAAAGUUUGUUUUACUUGCACAUUUGUACGUACACUUAAUGUUUUCAAGUGCCUUAAUUGUUUAAAAUCUCUGGCUUCAAAGGUUUUUGGGAAUAGGUAGGAUUUACCUCACAUUUUUGUGUUUUCAUUAGUAAUAUUCUGAUAUCAGUUCUAGGAACCUCACAGAAAUUUUUAUUAUGGUGCCAUGGCUGUUUUUAGUGAGUGCUGUAAGAUCCAAGAAUCAUUUGAAAAUAUACAGAAUAUCCAUUUCUCCCAAAGUGGCAAAAUUUAGCUACAGUGGUAUAUAAUUAUUAUUUGCCUAGAUGCGAAUACCUUGUCACACAUAAAUGUCAAUACAUACAGCAAUUUUUGUGAAAAUGUAGCUGAUGAAGCUUCUCCUCUUCUCCUCUUCUGUAAUUCUGAAUACUGCUCUGACAACAAAACCGUAAUAUGAAACCAGUUAGAUUUUGCAAGAAGAGCUCUUAACAACAGAACUCAUGGCCUUCCACCCCUCCCCCUUCCUUUAGUAUCUUGAGCCAUUUGGGUUGGUUUGUUUUUUUUUAAUCCAGAAGGUAUAUAGAAACCUUUUCAGAUUUUUCUCUUGAUUUGUUCAUGUGGAUGUAGUUCUAUCAAAACACCUGAUUUUACCUUACAGAUAUUUGUUGCACAGGCAGACGCUGCUGUAUUUAGAAAUUCCUAUUUCGGUUCAUUAAAAACUGCAAAACCAAUCUGUAUCAUGUACCAAACUGAUUUAAAAUAAAUCUACAUGUUUAUUGAAUUAA